AUGCAGGUGGAGGAAGCCAAGAUCUUGCUCGGUUUUCCUCCCAAUUCUCGUCCCGAUCCCUCUCAGGUUAAAGCUGCUUACCGGAAGAAAGUAUGGGAAUCACAUCCUGACCUAUUCCCAGACGAUCAGAAACUCGGCGCAGAGUCUAAAUUCAAAUCGAUAUCUGAAGCAUACUCUUGCCUUGAGUCAGGUAGAGAUCGACCUUGCCUUGGUUAUAUAAGAAUCAAUGGAGAUGAUAUGUUUUGUGCAAAAUGGAUGAACGCAGCAGUAAUUGAGUCCUUGGAGCUACUCAAUUCUAGCUCAUUUGGGUUUACAACUUUGCAGAUCAGGACACAUUUGCUCUGUGAUGUUAAAGGCCAAAGAUAUUCGAGAGCAGGUGUGUAUUCGAGAGUGGUCAAGACGGGAGUCCCACGAACAUAUGCAUAUGCCAAAAGAGGUAACGCUUGGUUGAUCGGUGCACCUUUCCUUUUGAUCGUCCUUGGAACCAUCGGGCUUGGUGGAAUCAAAGCUAACAAGGCAUAUAAUAUGCAAAAGCAGACGUUCCCGUCUCACAAUCCUUUCCUUCCUUGA